AUGGUUUGUUUGGUGUUUGGGAUUCUAGUUGGGCAGUCCACCGCUCAAUUCGUCCCGACUGAAGUCUGCUACGCUACCUGCUAUAUUCUCUGCAUCCUUCGACCCGAAACCACAGCUGGCUCUUGCGCUAUCGAAUGCUUGAAGAACUGCAUCCUUUUCAAAUCAACUGUGGGCACUAUCAAAGACACUCAAUCAUUCUGCAAGCUUGGUUCUGCAACUGCUUUGUGCUCAAAUCUCAGCACCAAAGAAAAUCCAGCUAAAACGAAAGUUGUAACCUGCGUGGAUGCUUGCGCAGCGACAUGCGCCAAGAAUAACUGA